AUGGGCUCGUUACGCAACGAUAGCGUCGAGUCCAAUUCCGAAAAGCAAAUUGUCUUGAAUCCAAGAGAACAAGCGCGCAUUCUGCGCAAGAUCGAUUGGCACUUGUUACCUUUCGUGACGGUAUUUUACCUCUUGUCAUUCUUACCAUCACUAGGAAAUGCGAAGGUUGCUGGAAUGGCCACAGAUCUGAACUUGACCGGCUUCAGAUACAACAUCGCCGCAGCUGUCUUUUUUAUCCCGUACAGCUUUGCUGAGGUCCCCUCGAACAUCGCACUCAAGCUAUUCAGGCCAUCGCGCUGGAUACCGUCUAUCAUGGUCGUGUGGGGUAUUGUGAUGACCCUUAUGUGCCUCGUCAAAUCAUACCAAUCUCUCGUUGUAGCUCGAGCGUUCCUCGGUUUGGCAGAAGCAGGAUUGUUCCCUGGAGUAAAUUACUAUAUCUGCCUUUGGUAUCCACGUUCGGAGCGGUCAAACGUAUUGCUAUAUUCUUCUCCGCAGCAUCAGUCUCAGGUAUGCAGUAUUUUGAUUUGCGUUGGAAUCUAUCUUUGCUUAAACUUCUGUUUGAUCGUAGGCGCCUUCGGUGGGCUCCUUGCGUAUGGUAUCGAGCGGAUGGAAGGGGUCGGAGGACUGCAUGGUUGGCAAUGGAUUUUCUGCUUGGAGGGCAUUACCACUGUUCUCGUUGCGCUUUUCUCCUUUUUUUAUAUGCAUAAUUAUCCUGAAACGGCCAAAUUUUUGACCGAGCCAGAGAGAUUAUGCAUCAUAGAUAUUCUCAAACAGGAUUCGAAUAAUCUUUCCUCUCGCUUCGACACUCAAUUCAUCUGGCAAGCCAUAAAAGAUUACAAGACCUAUGUCCAAAUUAUCAUUUAUUUAGGGUUACUCGUCCCUGGUUAUGCCAUUGCCCUCUUUUCGCCAACCAUUAUCAACGAGCUUGGCUACUCUGCUGCGAAUGCCCAGCUACUCUCAGUCCCACCAUUUGUUGCUGGCUGUAUUUACAACCUUCGUGGGCCGUUCAUCAUUGGCGGUGCGCUUGUGUCUCUUAUUGGAUACAUCUUGCUAUAUUGCAGCGUACGAGCGGGCCCGUCGUACGUCGGAGCUUGUCUAGCUGCUGCGGGAGAUUAUCCGACCGUCGCAGUUGCUCUGGCUUGGGCAGGUUCGAAUGCAGGAGGCGAUUUAAAACGUGGAGUUGUACUAGCAAUGGUCAUUGGCCUUGGUAAUCUCGGAGGUAUUUGCUCCUCCUUCAUUUAUAUCGAUCCGCCACGUUUCCACAUCGGGCAUGGCACCAUCAUGGGAUUCCUUUCUCUUUCGAUCAUAAUGAGCCUCUUCGCUAUGUGGGACUAUAAUCGGCUGAACAAGCAGAAAGAAGCGCAGUGUCUGGCAGAAAACAUUACUGACGAUAGAGGAUACUGA